CAAUGACGCGGUGUGGCACAGCCCGGCGCCAACCCCGCCAUGUCCGCAUCCCACCUCCCAUGCUCCAAGAGCUAUCUCCCACGCCAAACGUGAUAGCCUUCCGUACCAUUUCGUUCGUCUUUCCUUCACAUACUCGCGAAUAUGGCACCCUCUCAGUCUCUGGUCAACAAGCUCAAGGUGCAGCUCAAGCUGUCGAUUUCGCGGCUUCGCAUGGUGCAGCAAAAGGACUCGGCGAAAGCAAAACAGCAAAGACGCGAGAUGGCGCAGCUCAUCGAGAUCGGCAAGGUCCAAUCCGCGCGGAUACGCGUCGAGAACAUCAUCCGCAGCGACAUCACCACUGAACUCCACGAAAUCCUCGAGCUCUACUGUGAGCUGCUCCUCGCGCGCUCCCAGCUCCUCGACCAGACAACCCCCUCGCACUCGUCUACACCGAUCCCGCUUGACCCCGCUCUCGAAGAGGCAGUGCGAAGCAUAAUAUAUGCGGCGCCGCGCACGGAGAUCAAGGAGCUGCAUCAAGUCCGAGCGUUCCUUGUGGAGAAGUUCGGGAAGGAGGUAGCAGUUGCGGCGAUGGAGGGCGAGGGCGUAGCAGAGCGUGUCGCAAAGAAGCUAGAGGCCAAGACACCGAGCGAAGAGCUGGUAGACGCAUACCUAGGCGAGAUUGCACGGUUCUAUGGCGUUCCGUUUGGUGCGCCUAAGACGUCGUCCGACGACGACGAGCCCAGUGGUGGUGUGGCAGAAGAAGCAGACACAGAGGUCUCGCUGACCGCAGAUGGGAAGAAGGACAGUGAGAGGGAAGAGCUGGUCAAGGCAACCCCACCCAGAACAGUAGGACCGCAGAGCCCGCUGAGAGUCGUACCGCCGAGCCCAAGUACGGACAACGUUGCGCCGAGGUUGAAGCUGCCUGGCGCGGCGGCAGCAAAGGUACAGAAGGCGGCUGAGAAGAAGCCAGCAGCGAGCGACAACGGUCCUGGAGGGAAAAUACCAGAUGUAGACGAGCUAUCGAGGCGGUUCGCUGAGCUGAAGCGGUGAGCCGCGGUUACAAAGGUUUGAAUUGGUAUUAGGGUAAUACUGCGAUAAGCGCCUCUUUACACUACUAUACAUCUACAUGAUGCUUAAUGCAAGCAAUAAGCUACAUGCUUUCGCCACAACUCAACGACAGCUUCGUAAAGCGUUACGAGUAACGCGAGUAUGUGGCUGCUGUGGCUG